AUGGAGUACGCGCAAAGGCUCCUUGGCCUGCUCGACGCUUGGCCCGUCCGGGUCGUGCUUGGUCUGACGCUGUUCUACGUGUGUCUCCGCAUCGCGCUCCUUCCGCCCCAUAGGCCGAAGCAGACUCGCGAGGUCGCAAACCUCCCGGGCCCUCCGUCGCCGCCGUACGUGGGCUGGCUGAUCGGGAACAUGGGCGACAUUGCCGAGUUCCGCGACACAGUCAUGCACCCCGACUGGAUCAAGAUGGGGUGGACGGGCCGCUGCCAGCACAUCUUCGGCCAGGAGACGAUCUGGACGUACGACCCGGUCGCCAUGGGCAGCAUUCUGCAGCAAGCGGACGUGUGGCAACGCGCGGAUAACACGGAGCGUCUCCUUGGGCGCAUCACGGGCUCGGGACUGUUGACUGCCAAGGGAGCGGAUCAUCGGCGCCAGCGGCGGAUUGUGAAUCCCGCGUUCUCGACGAAUGCCAUCAAGGCCAUGAUCCCUACCAUGUUCGACAAGGCUGACCUCUGUGCCAACAUCCUCGGGCAAUGUGUCGACGACGAUUCGCUCGAGCACUUUGCAGCGAGAUACCCUCCCAAACCAGAAGACAGGGUUGCGGGCGCGCGCAAAGUGGACCUGCUCGCCCUCAUGUCCAAACUCACUCAAGACGUUAUUGGCGCGGCCGGCUUCAACACCGACCUUGAGAGCCUGCGGCCCAAAGAGAAUGCCCUCGAUAGCAGUAUUCAGUUCAUGCUGAACACGCUGUUCGACGACACAAUCAUCCUCAUGGCCCAGAACUUGUUCUGGUCGCUGGACAAGAUUCCUUUGCGCAACCGUCGCGCGAUGAAGGCGUGCCGAGGUGUCAUGGAGAAAUUGUCUGCACGCCUCAUGCGUGACCGCGCGGCCCAGCUCGCAACGGAACCAGAGGAAGCAGACGAGGACAAGGUGCCCGAUAUGCUCGACCUGCUCGUUAAAGCCAACAUGGCUGAGCGUGAGGACCAGCGCCUCUCGGACGAGGAGGUCCGCUCGCAGCUCCUUACUCUGCUGUUUGCAGGGAGCACGACCACAGCAGGCACAAUCUGCAGCUUGCUGCGUUUCAUGGCAAAGCACCCGGACAUCCAAGCGCGGUUGCGUGAGGAAAUCGAAUCGACAGAGGAGCGACCCAACUUCGAAACCCUCAACGCCCUACCGCUGCUCGACGCAGUCGUACGCGAGACGCUCCGGCUUGAGCCUCCCGCGUCCUGCACUGUCCGCACCAACGUGCAGGAUACCGUUAUCCCUCUCAGUGUGCCCGUGCGUGGCCGCGACGGCACCAUGAUCGAGAAGGCGUUGCCAGUCGGCAAGGGCUCGUAUGUCUUCCUCUCUAUCUCAAGCCUCCAACAGCAUCCCGACGUGUGGGGACCCGACGCGGCAGAAUUCAAUCCAGACCGAUACAAGGACCCCACUAUCCCCAAGAUGAACAUUCCAGGCAUGUGGGGCGGUCUUGCAGCCUUCAUCUCUGGUCCGCACCAUUGCAUUGGAUUCCGCCUCGCCCUCGCCGAGAUCAAGGUUGCCACAGUUACGCUUUUGCGCCACUUUUCGUUCGACGAGCUGCCCAGCAAGCCGGACAUCUUUAUCGUCAUGAACGUCGCCAGUAGGCCUGAGGUCAAGGGCGAGAGUGGUGGACAGAUGCCUCUCCUUGUCCGUCGCGUCGAGGCCACUGCGUAG